AUGGUUCGAGAGAAAGUAACAAUAACUACUCGAACAUUACAAUGGAAGUGUGUGGAAUCAAGAGUAGAUAAUAACUGUCUUUAUUAUGGACGUUUUAUUAUUUUUCCACCUAUGAAAGGUCGAGCUAACACAAGAGGCAUUGCAACGCAAAGAGUUUUGCUUAGAGAAAUGGAAGGAACAUGUAUCACACGUGCCAAAUCUGAGAAAAUACCACAUAUAUAUUCUACUAUAGUUGGUGUUCAAGAAUCAAUACAUGAAAUUUUAAUGAAUUUGAAAGAAAUUUUAUUAAAAAAUAAUUUGUAUGGAACUUGCAACGCAUCUGUUUGUGUUAGGGGCCCUAGAUAUAUAACUACUCAAGAUAUCAUUUAACCGCCUUCUGUGGAAAUUGUUGAUAAUACACAGCACAUAGCCAAUUUGAUUGAACCAAUUGAUUUUUGUAUUGAAUUACAAAUCAAGAGGAAUCAUGGAUAUCAUCUAAAAAUGCCAAAUAACUUUCAAGACGGAAGUUAUCCCAUAGAUGUUGUAUUCAUGCCUGUUUGAAAUGCAAAUCAUAGUAUUCAUUCCUAUGGAAAUGGGAAUGAAAAACAAAAGAUAGUUUUUCUCGAAAUAUGGACAAACAAAAGUUUAACUCCAAAAAAAAAAGCACUUAAUGAAGCCUCUCAACUUUUAAUUGAUUAUUUAUUCCUUUUCUACAUGGGGAAGAAGAAAACUUAA